ACUCCUUUGACUCGGUCUCUCUCCCUCGCCAAACCCUGCAGCAGCACGAAACGCAGACACACACAGUCGCACGGCUAUCUAGCGUCGCCCGAACCCGACGUCGACGGCCGCCCCCCCCCCCCCCUCGCUUCGAAUCCCUCCGACCCUCGAUUUCCGUGUCGCUAGCCAGCCAGCCAUGUCGCUGAGGCCGAGCGCGAGGGCGGAGGUUCGCCGGAACCGCUACAAGGUGGCGGUGGACGCCGACGAGGGGCGGCGGCGCAGGGAGGACAACCUGGUGGAGAUCCGCAAGAGCAAGCGCGAGGAGAGCCUGCUCAAGAAGCGCCGCGAGGGGUUGCAGGUCGCUGCUCCUCUCCAACCCUCUAACGUGGAGAAGUUGGAGAGUCUUCCUUCAAUGGUAGCCAAAGUUUGGUCUACGGAUUCUGCAUUGCAUCUGGAAGCAACCACACAGUUCCGAAAACUUCUCUCGAUAGAGAGAAGCCCUCCAAUUGAGGAAGUUAUACAAUCUGGUGUAGUUCCUCGCUUUGUAGAGUUUCUACUUAGGGAAGAUUUCCCGCAGCUUCAGUUUGAAGCUGCAUGGGCUCUCACAAAUGUCGCAUCAGGGACCUCAGAAAACACCAAGGUCGUGAUUGAUCACGGGGCAGUUCCUAUCUUUGUGAAGCUGCUCGCCUCACCUAGUGAUGAUGUCCGUGAACAGGCUGUGUGGGCAUUGGGAAAUGUUGCUGGCGACUCGCCUAAAUGCCGUGAUUUGGUCUUGGGUCAUGGAGCUUUGAUGCAUUUACUGGCUCAAUUAAAUGAAAAUGCAAAGCUCUCAAUGCUGAGAAAUGCCACAUGGACCUUAUCAAAUUUCUGCAGAGGCAAGCCACAGCCUCCAUUCGAGCUGGUUAAGCCAGCGCUUCCAUCUUUGGAGCGUCUCAUUCAUUCGAAUGAUGAAGAAGUUCUGACAGAUGCCUGUUGGGCGCUUUCUUAUCUUUCUGACGGUACAAAUGACAAAAUUCAAGCUGUUAUUGAAGCAGGUGUCUGCCCUCGGCUAGUUGAGCUCCUUCUUCAUCCUUCUCCUUCAGUGCUGAUUCCUGCCCUUCGUACAGUCGGAAACAUUGUCACUGGAGAUGACGUCCAAACUCAGAGCAUUAUUAAUAAUGGUGCGCUUCCAUGCCUUCUGAGUCUUUUGGCCCACAAUCACAAAAAGAGCAUCAAGAAAGAAGCAUGCUGGACGAUCUCAAAUGUCACAGCUGGAAAUAGUGGACAGAUACAGGCUGUCAUAGAAGCUGGUCUUAUUGACCCUCUUCUCAAUCUACUUCAAAAUGCUGAGUUUGAUAUAAAGAAAGAGGCUGCUUGGGCAAUAUCAAAUGCUUCAUCCGGUGGUACCCAUGACCAAAUCAAGUAUAUGGUGAGUCAAGGAUGUAUCAAGCCACUAUGUGAUCUGCUUGUGUGCCCUGAUCCAAGGAUUGUAACUGUCUGCUUAGAAGGACUAGAGAAUGUUCUGAAGGUUGGGCAAGCGGAGAAGGAACAGGGCAAUACUGGCGAUAAUGUCUAUGCCCAGAUGAUAGAUGAUGCCGAGGGGCUGGAGAAGAUUGAGAAUCUUCAGAGUCAUGACAACAAUGAGAUCUACGAGAAGUCAGUCAAGCUUCUUGAGACAUAUUGGGUGGAGGAAGAUGAUGAGAUAGUACCUCCAGGUGAAAAUGCUCAACCGGGCUUCAACUUCGGAGGCAAUGGACUACCUCCAUCUGGUGGAUUCAACUUUAAUUGAAGGUAAAAGGAUUUAACGUUGGGGCAAUUGAUAUUCACAUCGGGGGCGCUAUUGAAGUCAGAACAGCUUGGUAUGUCUGGAUGCACUGCCAUAGUCAGUCUGGUGUCUGUUAUGGUCAAAGGGGUCCAUUAGCACGUCUGUGUGUGCUACAUCGUCCCAAACAAGCAGGUUAUAGACUUGACCUUCAUGCCCUUGAUCAAUGAUUGUGAUGUCGAGUUUUUUGAGUGUCUCAAGACGUUCAUUUAUGAGGUUGGUCGCUUGAAUGCUUUGGCUCUUCUUUGCAUGCCCAUCGUCUAUCUAUUCUGAGUCAGUUUACUAUUGCUAGUCUUUUCUAGAUUUGAGAAGUUUUCGGCUGGUCGUUGCAUCUCUGUUGAACACAACAUCUGAAAACCUCAUUCCUGAUGUACUACAAUUAGAAAGGCAACUCCUUGAGAUUUUGUUUUUCAGCAUUA